CUCGGUACUAACAUUUUCUUUUCUUCCUUUUCAGUUCCCAACACCGAAGCUUCAAUGGAUCUCGGUCGUCUUGCACGUAUGGGCGCUGGCAAGAGGAAGAAGCCAGCAAAGAAGGCGCCCCGAACAGGGGACGCUAGGCCUUCCCAACCGGUGGCCCAGGAGGCACAGCCCUUUCAGCAGGUGCCUGUUGAUCAUGUGAACUUGGAGCACAUGGAGGUUGAGUCGCAGUUUGAGGCUGCCCAAACCGAACCCCUCUUUACUGACCUCCCCGGCUCCGACGGGGCUGCCAAACUGGACGCCAUGCAGGCGGAGUUGGGCAAGCUCGUGAAGCCGAUUUCCCUCGAGGAUCCCAUUCAAGAGGUUAUGGAGCAAGCCGGAUGCUCACUCCUCCAGAUCUGGAACACCACUGCUGAUAUGAACGACUUCCGCCUCCCGCCGUUAUCGAUGGAGCAAGCCAAAACAGGGGCUGCUCUGGCCACCAUGAAGGCUGGCUUGUACAACCUAAAACUCCAUCAUGCUCGGUCGGCCAGGGAGACGGAGUUGGUCAAGGCCCGUUCUGAGGCCGAACAGGUGGCUGCAGAUGCUAUUUGCUCGGUCGACCAGGAGAGGAAAAAGCUUGAAGAAGAAAUUGCCCAACUUCGAGUGAGCCUAGCCACUGCUCAGGCCAAGGUGGCGGCCGCCGAGGCUGCCCAAAUUGUCUUCAAAGAUAGAGACCCCCAAAUCUCGGACGGUCCUCGGGAAAUAACUGCGGAUCUGUCCACUGUCCGUGCUACUGGUCAGUCCGAAUUUAGAUCCUCUUAGGAUUUUAACAAUGCCGUUGAAGACAAUGGGGUGGCCUAUGUCGGCACCUUGUUCGGGAAGAACCUAAAGCAGUUCCCCCAGGGCCUCGACCGUCAGAAGCAAGGGGUGAAGCUGGCCGAUGAGACCCCGAUCGACAAAAAAUGGGCCACCGUCUUGGCCAGGGAGACCUUCAACAUGGGGUGCCAAGUGGUGCUGGGGGGCGUCGUGCCAAUUAUGGAGCGUCUGGCCGGUCAGCAGGUUGAUCUGAACGAGCUUUCUGAGGAUAAGGUACUCCUGUACCAAUAUGGCAAGUACCGUCGGGCCCUUCAAAAGGAAGCCAACCAAGCAGCCGACAGGGUUCCUGAACCUUCUGAUGAUGUUGAGAAUGAAGAUGCCGAGGAUGAGGAUUCCGAAUGAAAUAUCGGUUAUCACCCCCUUCCUACAUAGGCUCCCCCUUUUGCAAUGCAUCCAUGUGUUUUUUAUCUCUAUCUUUUUUGUAUAUUCCGGCCGGUAGAGCCGAAAAGUAAAAUACCUUUUUUUUUAUUUCUCAUUUCUGGUUUUGUCUUCCGAUCUAUGUUUC